AUGUCGGUGUUGCGAAAUAUCCCGGUCUCGGAUGGGAAGUUGGAGGAAAUCAGAACAGAAACUCUGAAAGAUGAAACCCUCCAAGAAGUAGUCAGGAUUGUUGAGGAAGGAUGGCCAGACCACAGGUCCGAGACCCCAAGCAGAACUCAUGAUUUCUGGACCAACAAAACAGAGCUCACACAUGUCCAUGGAAUCCUAUUCAAAGGGGACAGGAUUGUGAUUCCGAGAACUCUGCAGGCCGAGAUGCUGCAGAAAAUGCACACGGGUCACAUGGGAAUAGAGAAAAGCAAGAAACGGGCGCGAGAACUCUUGUAUUGGCCUGUGUGCGAUUACUACUCCAGAUAUUUUGAAGUUGGAAAACUCGAGAACAUCAGGAGUGCAACCGUGAUAAACCAGCUCAAAUCAUUCUUUGCGCGACACGGAAUACCUGAGGAAGUCCGGAGCGACAAUGGUCCGCAAUAUAGCUCCAAGGAAUUCAGGAAAUUCGCGGAAGACUGGGGUUUCAAUCACAAGACGUCCAGUCCGCACUAUCCCCAGAGUAACGGUCUUGCUGAAAAAACUGUGCAAACAGUCAAGCGAAUGCUAGAAAAAGCAUUGAAGGACGGAAGAGACCCUUAUCUCAGUUUCCUAGAGUACAGGAACACUCCCACCGAUACCCAAUCACCAACAAAGUUGCUGAUGAGUAGGGAGUUACGGUCUGUGAUUCCGAGCACAGAGAAAAACCUGCGACCAAAGACUGUGAGUUCAUAUAAGACCAGGAAACAAAGGGAAACGACUCGGUCGAAACAGAGUCGGCAUUAUGAGAAAUCCGCAAAACAACUCCCCAGACUCUCAUCAGGAGAGCAGAUCAGAUUCAGGCAUCAGGAUGCGUGGAGACCAGGUAAUGUCGUGGAACAUCACGGUCAUACACCGAGAUCGAACAUGUUCCGUACACCAGAUGGAAGGUGUUAUCGACGGAACAGACGACACAUCAUAAGAUCGUCCGAGCGGAAACAACCCGUCAACACUGACGUUGUACCUGACGACAUCGUACCGGAAACCGUUUCACGUGUUAAGGACAACACUGAUGUCGCGACUCCGAAACCGAUUAUCGGACACACCGAUAAAUCCGCCCAAGCUGACGUGAGCACCCCUGUUUCGGAUCAACCUACACAAAGUAGUCCCAAAGCGACGGUCACACGUAGUGGUAGGCGAGGGAACCAACCGUCGAGAUAUCAAGAAUAUGAGAUGUGA